UGGGUCAUUAUCAGCAGUAGCAUCGUGGUUUAUGGACGGCUAAGUGAGUGUUUGUCUCAGUUUGUGUGGCGUUUGUAGCUUCCAACAGCGAAAAAUGAGUGAAAGUGGCGCCGAAGCGGCUCCUGCUGCGGCCAAAGAGCUGCUGGCGCUGAAUCCUGCACAGGAGUCCGACUUCAGAAAGAAGGUUCAGGAGGUGAAGAAGAAGAAAUCAGGCAAGGCAAACCGUCUGACCCCUGGAGUGAUUUACGUCAGCCACCUGCCCCGAAACCUGGUGGAGCCUCAGCUCAAAUCUUACUUCGGUCAGUUUGGGAAGAUCCUGCGGCUGCGGCUGUCCCGCAGUAAGAAGACUGGUAACAGCAAAGGUUACGCUUUCAUCGAGUUUGACUGCGAUGAAGUGGCGAAGAUCGUCGCAGAGACUAUGAAUAAUUACCUGAUGGGAGAGAGACUCAUCAAAUGUCAGGUGUUUCCUCCUGAGAAGGUGCACGAGAAGCUGUUUGUCGGCUCGGAGCGAGGGUUCAAAAAGCCGACGCAUCCCGCGGUAACGCGUUACAACAAGCAGCACACGGAGGAGGAAAUUGCAAAAAUGACCGGCAAGCUGCUGCGCAAAGAGUCAAGGCUCCGAAAGAGGAUCGCAGCAUACGGCAUCGAGUACGAAUUCCCCGGAUUCGCGGCUCAGGUUCCUAAGAAGAAGUCGUCCUCCGAUGCCGGGAACGUAUCUUCGUGCACUGACGACAGCACACCUGUCUGCACACCCUCUUUCCUCGAGAGAAGGAAGUCCACGGCGGCGGAAAAUGAUGCUGAUGAUGAGAUCAUCAUCAAGAUGCCAGCUGUAGACAAAGAGGAAGACUCUGAGGAGGAAGAAGAGGAGGAGGAAGAGGAAGAAGAAGGGAGUGACGACGAGGAGGAAGAGGGAAGCGAGGAGGACUCUGAGGAGGAGGCUGAGUGAAAGUCCUGAGUUUUGUUGUGGACUCUGAGAGCAGAGAAACGAACGUCAGGAUCCUGAACUGAAUUGUUCUGUGUUCAGAAAUCGAGGGGACAUGUUUGUGUGACGGACACCGCUGAAGACGAGCUGCGACCGCGCGUGUACGACACACGAGGCUGCGUUUAGAUUUUUUGCUUCGUCUAAAAAUGUGUAAACUAUAAUUCUUCAACAAUAAAUGUAAAUAUGGAAGGAAAGCA